UUUGUGCAAAGGGUUGCAAAAACAGAACUCCCUUUUCUCAAGCGCCGUUGUAAAACUGUCGCAGGCUGAAGACUAUUUGUUAACCCGGUUCGUCCCCUUCUCUCCCACAGACACGACCCUUUCCCGCUGCUCCCUGAGAGACGGCUACUGGUGCAAACUGGCUUACUGGGAGUAUCGCCACCGCGUGGGGAGGCUCUACCCGGUGCAUGGAGAUUACGUCUGCGUUUUCUCCAACCUCCCCAACGGCAGCGGACUCUGCCUGGGCCAGCUGUCAUCCCAAAACCGCAGCCCGGCUGUCCGGAGAACACAGGCUAAAAUCGGACGGGGUUUGUUGCUCAGCCAAGAAGCCAGCGGGGUCUGGGCUUGCAACCGAAGCGAGCACCCCCUCUUCGUCUGUUCCCCCACUCUGGGGACCGGGGGGAGCUCCGCCCCUCCGGUUCACAAAAUCCUCCCCGGUUACUCCAUCAAGGUCUUCGAUUACGACCGGGCCACGCACCUGGCGGGCAGGCGCCCGGUCACCGGCGAGGGGCCCCACGAUGGGCACACGAUCCGGAUCAGUUUCGGUAAAGGUUGGGGUGCGUCUUACACCCGCCGGUUCAUUACUUCUUGCCCGUGUUGGCUGGAAGUGCUGCUCAACGCCCCGAGAUGAAGCCGUUUGUGUGUGAAGUGUGGAGGGAAGUAACGACAACGCAACGGUGGGGUGUUGUGGGAACGCACGCUGCACCCUAAACGUAGAUCAUUCGGCGAGGCGAGAAGCUAAAUUUCCUUCGCCGGAGAGCUCUUCAAGCUUUCAGGGGCUCCCUGCUUUCCCCCCUGUCUUCCGAAAUACCUAUUGCUUUUGUGACCUAAAUGCAGGCAGUUCUCGACUUACGACCAGAACGUCCGUCGGUAAGCCAGGCGGUUGCUCCGUGAGAUGCACCCAAUUUUAUUUUAUUUUUUGUUGCUAGCCAAAUCACUGCCGUCGUUAGUCAAGCAGCUGUUGAGCGAAACCGCCUUCCCGCAUUUUCUUUCUUUGGCGAGAGCCAACGGGGACGGGGGUUAAAGACAUGGCUGCCGUUGUUAAGUGGAUCAUAAGGUUGGAAAGCAAGUCCAGCGAAUCCCCGCAGUGGUUCAAAUCCGGCUUUCGACUCGACUCGUCGGAAAAGUCACCCAAAGUCAUAAAUGCGAGUCCGUUGCCAAGUCAGUUUUAAUUGUGAUCCCACGAGAGGCCUUGUAAUUUUUCACGGCCAUUAAACGGACGGUCGUAAGUUUGAGGACUGCCUGUACGUGGUCCCAGCACAGCAGCUAAACUUGAUAUGAGAAUUCACCCCGCCUUCUUCCUUCUGGAGCUGAACGUUGAAAAACUGAAGAAGAAAAGAGUCACGUUUUAGGGGGGAACGACGAAAGAUAAGAACGCUUGGAAAGACGGCGGGAAAUCGAUCGGUUGAAAAAUGUAAAAACGUUCGCAUUUAUGGAUGGAGAGUUUGUUAAGUUGCUGUGGGGUUUGAGAAGUUGUGGAGUUUGGAGAAGAGUUAAAGAUGUCUGUGUUAGGAAAUAAGGAAUAUUUGCGUUUUCCUUCUGUAUUUCUUUGAGAUUAAAUUGCUUUUUUUUAA